UCUGGCCGACCCUAGCCGUUCCCGAACAUGGCUGGGAACCUGAAGAAAGGCGGGGGGAUCAUCGGAAUGAUGAAGGAUGCCUUCCAACCACACCAUCACCACCUCCACUCCCAUCACCAGCCCGGGGCCGUGGACAAAAAGACGGUGGAGAAAUGCUGGAAACUCAUGGACAAGGUGGUGCGGCUAUGCCAAAACCCCAAACUGGCUCUGAAGAACAGCCCUCCCUACAUCCUGGACCUGCUGCCAGACACCUACCAGCACCUGCGCACCAUUUUGUCUCGUUACGAGGGCAAAAUGGAGACUCUGGGUGAAAACGAGUACUUCCGGGUCUUCGUGGAGAACCUAACAAAGAAGACCAAGCAGACUAUUAGCUUAUUCAAGGAGGGAAAAGAACGCAUGUAUGAGGAGAAUUCACAACCCAGGAGGAAUCUUACUAAGCUGUCUUUGAUCUUCAGCCACAUGCUGGCUGAGCUGAAGGCCAUCUUCCCCAACGGCCUGUUUCAGGGUGACAACUUCCGCAUCACCAAGGCAGACGCUGCAGAGUUCUGGAGGCGUGCCUUUGGGGACAAAACCAUUGUGCCUUGGAAGGUGUUCCGUCAGUCUCUCCAUGAGUUUCAUCCCAUCAGCUCUGGGCUAGAGGCUAUGGCCCUAAAGUCCACCAUAGAUCUAACCUGCAAUGACUAUAUCUCUGUCUUUGAGUUUGACAUAUUCACCAGGCUAUUUCAGCCUUGGUCAUCCCUGCUGCGGAACUGGAACAGCUUGGCAGUUACUCACCCGGGGUACAUGGCCUUCCUCACCUAUGAUGAGGUCAAAGCUCGGCUUCAAAAGUUCAUUCACAAGCCUGGCAGUUACAUCUUCCGACUGAGCUGCACAAGACUGGGCCAGUGGGCUAUUGGCUACGUGACGGCAGAUGGAAAUAUACUCCAGACCAUUCCCCAUAAUAAACCCCUCUUCCAGGCCCUUAUAGAUGGUUUCAGGGAAGGAUUCUAUUUAUUCCCUGAUGGCCGGACCCAAAACCCUGAUCUAACAGGACUGUGUGAGCCUUCACCUCAAGACCAUAUCAAAGUCACACAGGAACAAUAUGAGCUGUACUGUGAGAUGGGCUCCACUUUCCAGCUUUGUAAGAUCUGUGCCGAGAACGACAAGGAUGUGAAGAUUGAGCCCUGUGGUCAUCUCAUGUGCACCUCCUGUCUCACUGCCUGGCAGGAGUCAGAAGGUCAAGGAACAGGAUGUCCCUUUUGUCGCUGUGAGAUUAAGGGUACAGAGCCCAUAGUUGUGGAUCCUUUUGACCCAAAGGAUAACAGCGGAGGGUCUUCCAAGAGCACAUUUGGGGCUGAAGGUGCACCCUCACCCAGCUAUGACGACGACGACGAUGACAGACUUGAAGACCCUCAUUUAAUGAUGAGCAAACUUGCCUGCUCAAAGGUGGAGCGUCCUCCAUCGCCCAUGUCUGUGACUCCUCAGUCCUCUCUUCCCCCUGUGCCUCCCAGACUAGACCUGUUACCACACAGACCUCCUAACCCCCCUGGUGCCUCCAGCCCUGGGGUCAGCAGUAAGGCACCAUCUCACCACAAAGACAAGCCUCUUCCCAUUCCCCCAGCACUGCGUGAUCUCCCUCCUCCCCCUCCUCCAGACCGCCCCUACGCAACCGGGGCAGCCCCCGAUGGACGGCUUCAGAGACGGCCCUUACCCUGCACUCCUGGGGAGCCCCCUCGCGAUAAGCUCCCUCCUACGCCCCCGAACCGGCCCCUGUCUGACUGGACCUCCAGGCCUGUUCCCAAGGCUCCCACCUCCUCUUCCUCGUCCUCGUCUGUAUCCUCCUCGUCCACUCAAGCCCACUGUCUGGGAGGGGAUAUUCGAGCAGGUGUCAGGGAACUGUCCAACAGACACUCCCUCCCCUUGGCACUGCCCUCCGCCAUGGACGCUCGUGCAGACUCGCAGAACAACAGCUCCCUCAGUCUGGACCACCAGCUGAAUUUCUCUGCCGGAGGUAGUCAAGAUUACGACAACCCCAGAGUCAAGCCUUCGGUCUCAGCCAACGCCAUUUAUGCGCUGGCAAACAGACCAGCCGCAGGCACAGUCAGGCCAAUGGGAGGAGAUGAAGGACAUGAUAGUGAUGAUGAGUACAUGGUCCCCUCUUCUCGGCCGAUCUUGCCCCCCACCUCGACCUCACUUGUAGGGGAGACUCCACCAGCCCCAAGGCCCCCACAGCCUCAGCCUAUAUCAGCAGUUCAGACACAGACCCAGGCCUCCACAAUGAACACACGGCUGAUUCUGGAGGAUUCACCUCAUACACUCCAGAUGUAUGAAGCCAUGUUCAACAUCCAGGCCAGGUCACAACAAGCCAGAGAUUCAGACUAUUCAGAUUUGCCCCCUCAGCCAAUGAGUAACGGUCCCAGAGACCAUGAUGCUGACGACGGGGAAGAGGACGAGAAUGGCUACGAUUUCCCAAAACCCCGGCUGCCUUUGCCUCCCGCCCGACGGACCCUUUCUGAAAUGGGGGGGUCUAUGUCAUCGUCAUCUUCAUCCUCCUCAUUAUGCGCUGCAGCUGCUUUCAACCGUCUGUCUCUAGACGCGGAUGCUGGAGCGACCGCACCCUUCCCAGAUCCAAUGGAAGCACCAGAGAGACCUCCGAAGCCCCUGCCCAGGCGAAUCAACUCAGAGCGUCGAGCCAGCCCAGUCCCUCCUGUCCCUGCACCGCCCUGCAGCGGGGCAACGGGAGGAGAAGCCAACCUGCAAAUCAGUAGCGAGAUCGAGCACCUCAUGAGUCAGGGAUACACUCAGCACGACAUCCAGAAAGCACUGAUGAUUGCACAGAACAAUAUCGAGAUGGCCAAGAAUAUCCUGCGCGAGUUUGUCUCCAUUCCCUCUACCGCGCACAUUCUCACAUAGCACAUCCUCCUGUUUCUCUCUUGCGUUUGCUCUCUUUGCCCUAGCUUGGCCCAGCCUGGUUUGGUUUAGGUUGGCACAGACCAGCCCAAAACCCAAAGCCAUUGCCUGCAGCACUACCUCCAGUGCUGGCUGACACCCUACGCCCCUGUGGAUUUUUUAACUGGCUGUUACUCCAGCAAGCUCGCAGUGUCUCUGGGACUCUCGCCCUGCACUCCACGCGCUUUCACAGUGUCUGGCCUUCUUUGAAACUGCUGCAGCAGGCCUCUUAGUUUUCAACGUCUCCGCAGGACUUAAUUAUCACGUGCGGAGCAACAACGAAUAACGGAGCACCGUAUAAUGCAAGCCUUCCGUAGGAAUCAUGGGAAGACGGAUUCUUAUCUUUUCAUGUUGAAGCCUCUUGCUGAAAAUGUAACCAACACCUCACAAAUAAAACUAAAAUGUAUGUCUAUAUGAAAAUUUAAUAUAUGAGUAAAUAUAUAUUAAAUGUGUGUAAUAUAUACAGUACGUGCAUAUAUAGUAUGUGAAAAUGAUUUCAGCUUUGAGGGUCACGGUUGGUGCAGGUGAUACGGGCAGAUGGGACCAGAUUAAAGGGGGAUUUGGCCCUUUCUGUGACAGGGGUGAGGAGGAGGAGGCGGGGUGUCUUCCUCACCCAGAUGUGUUGGUCAGCAGCAGCUUGAAAAACGUGCCGCAGAGCUUCUUCAUUCAGAAUUCAGUCUGUUUUGGCCUUCGGUUAACAUUGUUGCUUUGGUACUUUUUCUUUUAGUGAACCAUGCUUGUUCUGUUGUGUUUUUCUUUUUUUUUUCUUUUUUCAAAGUAGCAUGAAGAUGGUUUCUGGUCUGGUCUGUUGCUGGCAGUGUAUGUGAGCGUGUUUGUGUGUGCGCAUGUGUGUCUGCCAGACCUGCCCCCCCCCGUUCCUGUACAACAUGAAUGUGGAAUUACACUUGGUGUACUCAAGACUCGUGCUCUGUAAACGUACUACUGCUCAAACUUGUAUGUCAGGGCCUUGUGUAGCUGUGAGAUUAUUAGAGGACGUACUAAUGUUGACGCCCCUGCAGUACCAGACAGGCUAGUGUUGCGUGAUCCGUGGCGGCUGAAUAUUUUGUCUUUGUCUUACUUCUUAGGCUAGCUGGUUCAGGAUUCUGUCUCCAGCUCAGUCCGGUGUUACAAAACAACAACAACAAAAAAAAGUCAUUGAUUUUACUUUGAUAAUAUAUUAUUGUAAUAUGAUCAUAAAUAUUGUUAUAAUUAAUUCAGAAGUGCUUCACUGCUGCUACUAUUGUUAGUGCUAAACAAUUAAGCCUUCAGUGUAAAAUUGUGAAUAUUGUGUUUAACCAUCAUUCUGCUUCUUUAAAGUGACAGUAUCAUCUGUUUAGUCCAUAAUGUAGCAUACUUGAAAGUACAAGCGGCGUGUGAGCAUUCGGCUCGCUCAAGUCGUCAGAUCUUCAGUGUUUUUCUUUUCUUUUUCUUUUUUUUCUUCUCCAGCAGAUAUUCGCUCUAAGCAGAAUCUGUACAGCAACAUUACAAUUUUGUAACAGAUUCAAUCCUCUCGUUCACAUCAGUUUCCAUCCUCUGCAGGAGUUUUACCCACUGAAAGGGAGCGACUGCUGAGGCUUUUUAAUAGUAGGCUCAUGGGUUUGUUGGCCCACCCCCAAGUCUACAUAAAAUCAGUGUUUGGGCCGACUGUAAGAGCUAACUCAGGAAUAAUUAUGUUUGUCUGAAAAAGUCUGUCGAAAACCGGAAGAGACUCGUUGGCAUAGACAGCAGCUCACCUGUCGGCUGUGUGCUCAUGCAGGUGACAUGUAGCCAAAAGUUUCCGCGUAAUGAAGUCACACAAGUAGCCUAUUACUCACUUUUGUUUGUCAUAACUUGCACAGUUUUUUUUUUUUUUUUUAAAUUCUCAGUGUUUGCAGGACUAGAGACUGCAGCUUCAUUUCCAGGUACUAUGAAUGAAUUAUGAGAAAUUCAUGCAAGCAGCUUUUAGGUACACUGACUGAAUCUCUCCCAGCAUAUGAAGAAUGUUUUGGAUUCCCCAACCCACCCACCCACCACCUCCCCGGGUGCAUCAUUUAAGUCAGUCCUGGCUUAUUCUGGGUUAUCAGUGUGCGUCGACUGGAAGCUUUGUCUAUGCUGUCUUGCCAUCUUCUAUUUCUUUUGUUUUCUUCUUCCUAGUUGCCUUGAGAAACUUCAUGAAUGAUGUUUAAUGGACAGGAAGGGCCCCAGUCCUCAAUACUGUACCAGUGUGUGUUUUAUAUAUUAAGGACAGCAUGUCAUUGUCAUGUAUUAUUUACCGUUGGUUUUGUUUUUGCACAUUAUACCAAUUUGUGCUUUGAUACUGUCACUCUAAAGAAAAGCAAAUUGUAUAAAGUUAGUGAUAUGAAAAGAAAAAAAAAUGGCUGUUAUAUUUCAUUUUGCAUUCCUGUAAAUGUAUUUUGUUCCAAAGGUUUUUGUUUACUUAUGUGAAUAAUUCAGUGAGCAGUGCCAUAUGUUUUGAGUUUGUUUUGUUUUUUUUGGUUUGUCGGUAUUGAUGUGUACCUGUUGAUCUCCGAAGGCAAAAUGAUGUGAUAUUGCUUGUAUUAAUCUGUCCUCUCUGCUUCUUCAGCCUCAUCCAUGAGUAGCAAGCGCUCAUCUGUGAAAGGACUCGCUUUUUGUUUGCUUUUCUCAGAUCAGUGCUCAGACUCAGACCAGGGGUAUUUCAGUUAUCUGCCAGAAGAGGGAGCUGUUGUUCCACAGAGCUGCGUUGCUUCUCAACAGUAAAAGGCAUUCUUUUUUUUUUUUUUUUUCUUUUUUCUUUUUUUUUGAUGGUUUUUAAAGCUCAUAUCAGUUUGGAAAUAU